CUCGGUUUGCAAAAUCGAAUCGAAUCGAAUCAGAGAGUCAAUUCGAUCGAGCAAAGAUGACGGAGGCGAUGAUAAGGAAGAAGCCUGGGAUGGCGAGUGUGAAGGAUAUGCCGCUGCUUCAAGAUGGUCCGCCACCGGGUGGAUUCGCGCCGGUCCGAUACGCUCGGCGGAUAUCCAAUACGGGUCCUAGCGCCAUGGCUAUUUUCCUGACAGUUUCUGGUGCAUUUGCUUGGGGGAUGUACCAGGUCGGCCAGGGAAACAAGAUCCGCAGGGCGUUGAAGGAAGAGAAAUAUGCUGCUCGUAGAGCUAUACUUCCCAUUCUUCAAGCUGAAGAAGAUGAAAGGUUUGUGUCCGAGUGGAAAAAGUAUCUGGACUACGAGGCAGAUGUAAUGAAGGAUGUUCCGGGAUGGAAAGUUGGCGAGAACGUUUACAAUUCUGGUCGUUGGAUGCCGCCGGCGACUGGGGAACUCCGUCCUGAUGUCUGGUGAUCUCUUCUCAGUUUCUCACAAAUGCAUUUGAUGAUGAUCGUGAUGAAUGAAUGAUGUUUCUGUGAGAUCUAAUAAUAUGUUCUUGUUUUAUCUUUUUCAUUGGGUAAUAAGAUGAAUGAAUGAAUUAUUCAAUAGACAGGUGCUCUUGUACUGAUUUUGCUGGAACGUUAAUCUGUGUCUGUGUGUAAUUGUUUCUAUGGUAAAAAUGAGAGGAAGCAGUUUUUUAUUAA